UUGAUCCUCCUUCAGUGCAUCAGUGCUGUAUUGUGUUCUCCGAGAGAGCGCCUGUGCGCUUAUUUCUCACACACUGUAACAGGUGGGACGAAAACACAGAAGACUUGAACGGAAAGUUGAAACAAACAAAUAGUAUCUAAGGACGUUUCGAGGACUACCUGCAAAAAUGUCUCGAGCCCCGGAGGACGUGAACAAGCUCACCGAGAGCACUUAUAAGAAUGUGAUGGAGCAAUUCAACCCAGGGCUGCGGAAUCUAGUCAACUUGGGAAAGAGCUACGAGAAAUCAGUGGCAGCAAUGACCCUUGCUGGAAAGGCGUAUUUUGACGGAGUCUCAAAGAUUGGGGAAAAUGCUGCGGUGUCACCGGUUUCUAGGGAGCUGGGAGUGGUUCUGAUGGAGAUUGCAGAAGUGCAUAAGAAGGUCCAGCUGGAGAUGGAGGAGUCUUUCAAGAAGUUCCACAGAGAGCUUAUCGCAGAACUGGAAAAGAAAACCGAUAUGGAUACCAAGUAUAUGAACGCCACUUUCAAAAGAUACCAGUCUGAACACAAAAUGAAGCAAGACUUCCUGGACAAAUCACAGGCUGACCUGAAGAAACUGCGCAGAAAAAGUCAAGGGAAGCAUUCGUCUAAAUAUGAGAUCAAAGAAAAUGAGUGCUUGGAGACCAUCUCAUCCCGGCAGACAGACAUGCAAAGAUUUAUCGCAGAAGGAUAUAGGGAAGCUCUGUUGGAAGAGAAAAGAAGGUUCUGUUUCCUAGUGGACAAACACUGUGCCUUCUCAUACCAGCUAGCAGAUUUUCAUGACAAGGCCAAGGAGAUACUUACCGUCAAACUACCCAGUUGGCAGGAUAAGUGCACUGAUGCCACCAAGGUUCCAGACACGGUGAUAUCCAUGAUUGAGGGUCUGCAUACUCCAAUGACAGUCAUACCAGAGUCCUCGGCUAUAAUCGAGCAGAGUGACCAGAACCAUUCAAAUGCAGUGGUUCCACCACCAGCCCCGUCACUCAAAGCCCACACAAGUCCACUGGCCAGUAUGUUCUCCCAGGACAUUCCCAAAAGCCCCAUCUCAUCAGAGCAGUGGUCAGAUCAAGACAGCCUUGAUGGAAAUGACCUGUCCAGGUCUACGUCUGUGUCCAGCGGUAUGGACAUGGUGAAGAAGAUCAGAGUGCAAACUAUUUUCCCCCACACAGCAGGAAAUAAUGAGACCCUGCUGAGCUUUGAUGAUGGAGACAUCAUUACACUGCUUAUUCAAGAUGAGCGGGAUGGAUGGCUGUAUGGAGAACUAGAACAUACUGGACAAAGGGGCUGGUUUCCUUCAUCUUAUUGCCGAACUUACAACGAGCCAGUGAACGCUAUCAGCAGAGUGGAGAGCCCAUUGCGUAGUCAGAGUGCGGUUGAUCUCCCAGAGCAGACAGAAGAAGACAAGGAGGUGGAGGAACCCAUGCUGCUGCCCCCACCUGACUACAGUGACUCAUCUCCACAAAGCACGCUGUCUUUGUCAAAUGGUCACUCCAUGGCUCCAUUCCUAGUAGGUGGGAAUCCAUUUGCCACAGUCAGACUCCGACCCACUGUUACAAACGACAGAUCAGCACCAGUCGUUUGAUGGAACUGGAUGCAGCACUGCCCUGAUGUGAAGAUGUGUCUCAGGUUUUGAUCUUUUUUGACACAAUGCAGAUUCGGCAGAGGAACCAAAUGAAAGAGUUCUGUUACUGCAUCUUAUUUUAUUUAUUUUUUUAUCCAGAUUUUCUAAAUAAGCAAACACCAACACAGUUUAAAUUUACAUAUGUCAUUAUUUAUAAGGAUUUUAGACUUUGAUUAAAUUAUUAUUUUAAAUUCUAACUGAAUUCAUACAGUGAGUUUCCAAGAGCAGACACAGCGCUAAACUGGCUCUUGAGCUCUACUCCAUGAAUAACUAGUUUCUGACCAUAUUGGUCCUCUGUCUGCAUCUGGGCUUUUUUAGGGUAAACUGAAGUCGCCUAUGAAUGGCCUAAGUUUCAAGUGUUGCAGCCCCUAAUUAGAAACGCAGCAUAUAACCAAAUCAUAUUUCAUUUCAAAUUCCAGUGAAGUGUAAAAUGCCAAAGUGUUCCAUUUGGAAUAUGGUUUCAUUGUAGACUGUUUGCAUUAUACAAUAUCAUUUUUUUUAUAUAUAUAUAUUUAAUGCUGAUAUAUAUCUUAUCCACCACAUCUUUUACACUUUUGAAGGAGGAAAAUAGAAAGACUGUUUUUUUUUAAUUGCUUAUACCUCCUCAUGUAAACUAAGAGUGCAAUGUGUUCAACAUUCAGUUGAACAGUUGCCAGAACAGUUGAAUGUUGAUUUAUUGAAUUUAGCUGAAGAUUAUGUCAACCUAAUGAGUAUUCUUACCUUAGUGAUGAAAGAGAAGUGCCCCAAGCAUUCCAUCACUCUUACGUGAAUAAAUAUUGUUUGUUUUUAUUAAGUAUUGUAAGGUUGUGUACAUACUGUGCCUAUGCUAGCAUGUUCUGUUGGGGAAAGGUUUUUUUUUUUUCUUUCAGAGCUUUUUCUUUUUGGUUGCAAUAUUGAUUAAUCACCCCAUUUCUUGUUAUAGCACAUUAGUCUGAAAUAAAGGUAUAUAUGUGUAUAAUAAAACCUAUUGAAGUAAUUAAUGGAUUAUAAUAAUGGUUA